GAGACGGGCGGCGGCGGACGGACACAGUGCCACAAGUGUGUUGCAGUGUCGAGAUGGGGAGAGACAAUCGUGUUACCGAACCAAUAAGGUCUAGCUAGCCCAGCAGCACAGAUAUAUACCAUCAUGGCUGUGGUAAAGGACCUCAUCGCAUUUCUUCUCGCCUGAACUAGAUCUACAUUACAUCAGUGGUUUGUUGUUGGCGGACGCUGCCAAUCAACAUGAGACUGAAUCAAGUUUCAAGUUUUAUGUGCAGCCUCACCGCUCUGCUAUUUGACUAUGUUCUCAACACUCACAUUCAAGAAGUUUCCGUGCAAGUUGAUAAAUCAAAGAAGUCCUGUUCAAAAGAUACUAUAAUGAAGGACCCAUCCACGGUAUAUUAUACAUCUGCGGCACCUAGAAAAGAAGGCUCAGACUGCAGCUUUCAUUUCAUUAAAGAAUGUUCUUUAAAGUUUUCUGGAGAUGAUCAUGUCAUGAGAGAGGCCUACAAGAUUUGCUUUGAUCUGUCAAACCAGACAGUGGAUGACUGCUUGUCCCAAGUCAAAUUUUCGAAGCAUAUGGCAAAUGGCUUAGAAAGGGAAAUUCAGGGAAUUUACUGUGGCAGUGGAAAAUUGUCCCUACUUUAUCCUCGCUCAGUGUGUCUCGGCAGUGGUGAAAAUUUGACAGUUGCAUACAUGAGUACCAACUUCUGUAAUUUCAGAGGUUUUGUUAAAGUGUAUGUGAAGAAAAUUUGGCCCCAUACAUAUGACCUGAGAGAAGUGGCAAUUAAUUGUCCUGAAGGUUGGCGAAAUGUGAGGUCAACUCGAGGUGUCGUCGUGUCUGUGGUUAACAAACCCAACGUGAAACAUCCAGUGCUGUGCAAGCUUCAUAUUUUGCCUGAAAGUGAUGUUCAGAAAUAUGAAAAAUUUUGUUUUAUUUUCAGCGUUGCAGAAUUCUCUAUGAAUAGUGUUCAGCUUUUCAUAGAAGGCUCUGCCCUUGAGCAGUUUGGUUUUGAGAGUGUCCCAGAGCUGGGCACUGAAUAUUGUAUUGCCCUUGCUCCAAGUUUUGACUACAUUUCUAUUGAGGUCAGCCCUGGGGAAGACAGAUAUGCAUCUCCUGCUAAUGUAACAAAUUACCAGCACUCUUUUAUGUUCAAGUAUCGCUUCAUAGAAAAAGUGAAAUCCACCAAUGUGGGAUCUACAAAAGAAGAAAAAGAUGACGGGUACUCGAAGAACACUCUAUUCGUUUUCUUCUCUGCACCUGUUGCCCUGCUGCUGAUUCUGUAUUUGGCUUUCUGCACUCGCAAAAAGCGACCUCGUACUCUAAGCAAUGCAGGCUUAGCUAAAGAUUUUCCCCCAGGACCAUAUUACACUGCAGAUCCUUUUGAUCUACAUGGCCGUAAACUUGGCUCUAUCAGGCUGCAGCGUGCAGUAGAACUGCUGGAAAACACAACCACUGCUGAGAUUGCUAUAGCUCAGUCUUCAGGGAUGCUUCCGACCCCAUCUCCCCAGGACGACGAACUGACCCAAGUUACUAGGGUGUCAGCUGAAGUCACUCCACAGACACCAGUUCGGGCUUCAAACUCGCUUCAAAAUGAACAGAAUACAAUGAACAAGGAAGAUAUUCCUCUUGCUUCAUCAUUGGGAGCUCAGUCCUCCUUGGCAACAAGUGAAACCCUCAAGGAUUGUACUGACAGAACAGAGGAGCAGCCUUCAGUUGACACUAAUGUUGUGGAGGAUGAGAAAUUUCCACUGACGGACUCCGCAAGCUGUCGUCCCCCCCCACCGGGGUAUAACUCAUUGUUUUCAAAGCAUGAGCAAUGACUGUAGUUUUUGAUGAGUUGACUCGAAUAUCUUUGAAGAGGAAAUGCCCUCAUCAACUUUUCCUGCUUUUUCACCUCCACCACCAGACACUUACUCAACUUUUCCUUUCGGAGGACAAUUUAGCAUAAACUUCUAAGGUGUUGAUGUGCUUGUACAAGUAGCGACUCAGUUUAUCUCUUUCUUUUAUAUUCCCUGUAAGAUGUACAAAAUUACUGUCUUUUUCAACCAAGUCAAGUGAGCCACCUGUAUAGCACCAAAGAGUAAACUCACUGAGGAUGCGCAUUCUUGUCAUUUGCUUGAAGAUGUGCUGUUUUGGGGCACUUUAAAAAUCAAGUAUAACUUCCUUAAUCAUACAGAUUUUUAAUUCUGUUUUCUUUGUAUGAAAUUUAAGAAGGCCAGAAACACCAUGCACACCAGACGAUAUGAAAAUUUGGGUUUCUGAUUUGUGCAUGACGGUUCGCCAUAUGCCGCAACGUUGCUUUUGGUCUGCUGCUGGUCAGAUGUAUGUAUCCGCUUCAUUCUCAAAGCCUUAAGCAGAGAAGUGGCCUCAUGUAAUUCCAUUUAGACUGUGGGACUGGACCAACUGAGUUAAGUGUGUGAUAGAAAUCAAAAUAGGACCAUUCCCCAACCUUAGACCUGAUGUAGAGGAUAUCUUAUUCUCUAACAAAAUCUGACAUCAGAGAUGUGAUAGGAUACAUGUAAUGCACCUUCAAAAUACUGAAUAAUUGUGAAUGUGGAGACAAAGGACUGAAAGAAAUUAUCAUAACUGUUUUUAUGUUGUUUUGAAAUACAGGCUUAGGUCCUCUUCUCUGAGAAAUAUUCAAACCAGACUUAAAAUGCAUGGAUAUUGAUUCAAAUAGGAUGAUUUUUUCCUGAUAUUACCAGUAUUUUGAGCAGAGUGAGGACAUUGUUUGUUGUAAAGUAAACACUAAAAGGCUCAUAGGAUACAUUCCCAUGAUCACUCUGGUGCCAGCAUCCUUCAUGGUUACGUUUGGCUACAUGGCAUUUGGAUAUCUGUAUACAGGUAGUAGGUACAUAUGUAGAAGGUGCAAAAUAUUCUUAAGGCAUACCAUUGAGUUACUGAUAUUUCUUUGUAAAAAUAUGAGUUCUUUUAUUUCAUGUACUCCAUUAGGGCAGUGCUACUGACUGAAGUGUCUUUAGGCCAUUCCCAAAGGGGG